GGCGGGCGCGCGUCGGCAGGCACGAAGAUGGUGAAGGAGACCGGCUACUACGACCUGCUGGGCGUCCGGCCGGGGGCCACGCUGGACGAGAUCAAACGGGCCUACCGGCGCCUGGCGCUGCGCUACCACCCCGACAAGAACCCCAGCGAGGGCGAGCGGUUCAAGCAGAUCUCCCAAGCCUACGAGGUGCUGUCGGACUCGCACAAACGGGCGCUCUACGACCGCGGCGGCGAGCGGGCCAUGAAGGAAGGCGGCCUGGGCGGCCGCGGCGGCGGCAGCAACGGCUUCGGCUCCCCCAUGGACAUCUUCGACCUCUUCUUCGGCGGCGGCGUGCGGAUGCGCGGCCGCGGCGACCGGCGAGGGAAGACAGUGGUGCACCAGCUCUCCGUGUCUCUGGAGGACCUCUACAACGGCGCCACUCGGAAGCUCUCCUUGCAGAAGAACAUCAUCUGCAGGAAGUGUGGAGGCUGUGGGGUCCGGGAAGGUGCCCAGAGAAGAUGUCCCAAGUGCCAUGGCUCAGGCAUGGAAGUCCGUAUCCACCAGCUUGGGCCCAGCAUGAUCCAGCAGAUCCAGACGAUGUGCUCCCAGUGCCAGGGCCAGGGCGAGUGGAUCCGGCCCCGGGACUGCUGCCUCACCUGCAAUGGCCGCAAGGUUGUCCGAGAGAAGAAGAUCCUCAGCGUCCACCUGGACAAAGGCAUGAAGGACGGGCAGAAGAUCACGUUCCAUGAAGAGGGGGACCAAGUCCCCGGCCUGGAGCCUGGAGACAUAGUCAUCGUCUUGGACCAGAAGGAACACCCUGUUUUCCGGCGCAGCGGCGACGACCUCAUCGUCAAGAGGGAGAUCAGCCUGGCGGAUGCUCUGUGCGGCUGCCGGCAGGUCAUCCGCACCCUGGAUAACAGGACCCUGCUCAUCGCCUCACAGCCAGGUGACGUCAUCCGACCGGGGGACAUGAAGUGUGUCCCCAAUGAGGGCAUGCCCGUCUACAGGAGCCCCUUCCAGAAGGGCAAACUCAUCCUGCAAUUCCAGGUGAAAUUCCCUGAGCCCGGCUGGCUCCCCACCGAGCGGCUCCGCCAGCUCCAGGCCUUCUUCCCACCCCAGGAGGAGGUGAUGGCCACGGAGGACACGGAGGAGGUGGAGCUCAGCGACUACACAUCCCAGGGGGGCCCGGGCCGACGGCCCUAUACAGGCGAGGCGUAUCACGAGGACGACUUCGAGGACGGCAUGCGCCAACACGUCCAGUGCCAGACCUCAUAGCCGGGGCCCCUGCGGGUGGCAGCCGGGCUGCUCCCGCAGAGGGGCUGGGGAGCGGGGCAGCUCCGCGCGGAAGGGGUCUCAGAGAGCCGUGACAUUCAGGGAUGUACAUAGGUCACCUUUCCGACAGCACCUCACCUCCCCUGUGCCCCCCAGGAGCCGGCUGUGGGGCUGCCUACGGCUUUGGAGCGUCCCCUCCCUGCGGAUAGGGUCCCGCUCCAGGGCAAGGGGAGCGCAGGCCGGGCUUGGUGGCACCAGGAUGCAGCUUGUGGCGUCACAGGGAGGCAAAAGCGGUGGCCAAUUCCUGCCUGCUCCAGCUGGCAGCACCAGCGCGGGCAGCCGGCGGGCUCUGCGCCAGGAGCGAGGAGGAAGCCGGGCCUUGCCGCGUGCCUCGGUUUCCCCAGCAGGGCAGCCGCGUGGCCUCGCGGAGCAGCAGCGUUGCGCAGAGCCGUGCGGGGACGUGGGGAGAGCCGCACAGGGCCGUGCUCGACGUGGGGCUGGGUCGCAGAGCCGGGUGGCAGACGUUGGAAACCGGCCGCCUGCCUCUGCGCCGCCCUCGCCUUCGGCACGGGGGGGCCCCCGCGCUGCCGGUGUCCGUGGCUCUUCCCGGCGCUCUCCAUGCGCGGAUCCGGGCUCUGGAUGCCUCGAGGGGCUGGCUUGCACCCUGGGGCCCAUGCUGGACCUAUUUAACUUGCUUUGUCCGUUUUCUUUCCUUGCUGAAGCCUAGGUUGGGCCCCGGGGGGCGGAGGGGGAUUUUCCUUUCUCUUUGCACAGAACA